UAUCAACUUUGAGUAGUUAAGACUUGAGGGAAGCAACCAAAUCAGAGAGAAUUAGUUAAACUCUUGAAAAUGGGAAGGUCCCCUUGUUGUGAUGAGAGAGGUCUGAAGAAAGGGCCAUGGACUCCUGAAGAAGAUGAAAAACUCACCGAUUAUAUCAAUAAACAUGGCCAUGGCAGCUGGAGAGCCCUCCCUAAACUUGCAGGUCUUAAUAGAUGUGGAAAGAGUUGCAGAUUGCGGUGGAGUAAUUAUCUUAGGCCAGAUAUUAAAAGAGGCAAAUUCUCUCAAGAAGAGGAACAAACAAUUCUCAAUCUCCAUGCUGUCCUUGGCAACAAGUGGUCAGCAAUUGCAACUCAUCUACCAGGACGAACUGACAAUGAAAUCAAGAAUUUCUGGAACACUCAUUUGAAGAAGAAGCUAAUUCAAAUGGGAUAUGAUCCAAUGACUCAUAGGCCUAGAACUGACAUCUUCAAUAGCUUGCAACAUCUUAUAGCUUUGGCAAAUUUGAAGGAAUUAAUGGAAAACCACUCAUGGGAAGAACAAGUUAUGAGACAUCAUUACUUGCAAAAUCUUCUACAACCUCACAACACUAUGAGUACUUUAAGUGCUGUUCAAAAUAUGGAAGCUUACAAUCUUUUAAAUUCUUUAAAAGAGAACCAAUUCUUAGGCACUAAUAAUAAUCAUUUGGAAAAUCACACAGUUCAUCAAAUUCCUUCAAGUCUUGAAUAUCAAGCUAUUCAAGAUUCAAUCCCUUUCUCCCAUUUGCCGGAACUACAAACUCCUAGUCGUAGUUUCCAAAAUUCUCUAAACAAAGAUAGGGUUCAACCUCAAAACACUGAGUUUACGGUUAUGAGCCAUGGAGAAACGUCACCUACUUCUCCAUGGCUCCCUUCUUUAUCUACUUCUCCUCCUCCUCCUCCUCCUCCUCCUCCUCCUCCUCCUCCUCCACCAGUAACAAAUGAUCAGAAAAGAAAAAAUUCUUCAGAAAUGGCGAUCUCAUCUUGCUUGCCGGAAGAGAUGAAGGCUGCAGACCAUUUUUUUCAGCCAGAUAGCGAGCAGUCACUCAGCAAUGAAGGAGCUCCACCUUCUCUCUGGCCUGAGCUUCUACUUGAAGACUCUUUUUUCCAAGAUAUUGAUAAGUUCUAAAAUAGUAAUAUAUGACAAAUAGUCGCUUGGAGUUUCAA